AUGCCACGGAACAAAAGAAAAUUAGAGAAUGAUUUGAAUAAUGUCAAGAAUCGUAUCAAUGAAGUUGUUAACAACCCAAAAGUAGUUGAACCUGACAUUGAAGAUGCUGUAGCACAACGUCCAGAUUGUUCACAGAAGGAGAACAGCUCAGCAGAGAUGAAAAGGUUCUUGAGAGAUUAUCCAUUGAUUUUGAAGAUGAGGAAUGGUAAAGAUGCUCCAGUAGAUUCAGUUGGAUGUCACAUGUUGGCUGACAGGACUGUAGAUACUGAUACAAGGAACUUUCAGACGUUAACAGCUUUAAUCUUAUCUCCUAGAGUUAAAGAUGAACAUACGGCACGAGCAAUGCAGGUAGCGUUUUAAAAUAUUAUGUUGUUUACUUGCUGACAGUUUUUACAUGUUAGUAUAAUAGUUAAGUCAAAAAAUAAGCAAUUAAAAAGCUAUUAUAAGUCUAUUUUGAUAAUUUUAUAUUAUAUGAUUAAAAUAGUAACUUUUUUCAUUAUUUUAGCAGCUGAAGUCGCAUGGAUUGACUGUCGAUAACAUUAUUGCCACGCCUGUCCAGACAAUUCAGUCCUUGAUCUCAUUUCUGGGUCUGUCUCAAACGGUAAUUAUGUUUUACGUUAUAAAACACGUAUUUCUAGCGUUUUUUGGUCAUUUUUUCCAGUUUAUUUAUAAUAGACGUACUCAUAAUAUUAUGUUUACAAUGGAUGUUAUCAUUUUCUACUAACUGUUAUUACUGUUGAUGUUUAUUGUCUUGUUGUACAACCUUAUGUUAAGCUGGUGUUUUUUCAGAAGUCGGAGCGUUUGAAAAAAUGCGCCCAGAUUCUGCACGAUCAGUACGGUAACAAGGUUCCAAACGACUAUUCGAAGUUGAUAGCUCUGCCUGGAGUCGGGGACAAGAUCGCGAGCUUGGUGAUGGUGAAUUGUUUUGAUUCGGAUGAAUUCAUUGGAGUUGAUACUCAUGUCCAUCGAAUUACUAACAUGCUUAAGUGGGUCAAGACAAAAACACCCAAACAGACAGACGACGCGUUAAAGACAUUAGUGCCUAGGUGAGGAACGUCACGACGUCAUGUGAGGUCGUUACUUUAGUGUAUAAUGUCUGUCAACCACAAAAGUUAUAUUUUAGUAUGUAAUCAGUCUAUUAAUAAAUUAAUUUUUGUUGAUUAACGGUUUGUGGUUGUCAUGCUUCGAGUAUUUCAAGGCUCGUGUGUCACCAAUCAAAAUUACGCAAUCUUUUUCGAAUUCGACACAAAUACACAGACUACGACGUUACCUUGUUUUAGAAUCACACACACUACUCUUAUUACAAUAUUAUUGAUAUGAUUAUAUUGAUAUUGUGUUUCAGAAAGGACUGGAGGGCUUUAAAUGUGGCACUGGUUGGAAUGGGACAAACCUUCUGUAAAGCCGUGAAACCGAGUUGUGAAGUCUGUCUUCUGAAUUCAACCUGCCCCAAUUCACGUGUCAAAUUGGGUGUUCAGAAGUGA